UUCCUUAUUAUCCAUCGUGCGGGCGAUGAAUUCGGGGUAUAUAAUAGAGAAUCUAGUGAAAGCAUUAUAAGCAGAUACUAAACGUAACGUAACGAGGCAGGCAAUCGAUUACAACGUCAUGUUAUCUAAAGUAUGUGCUACCGUCAUCCCGUUCCUGUUAGGAGCUCUUAUGUUCGUCUAAGACGAAAAAGAAUGGAAUUUCGGUCCAGAAUAUGAAUUCCAAUUGAAAAAAACCAUUAAGACACACAUAACGAAAAACUAUUCUAUAGGUGAAAAAAUAACUGCUGUGGUGAAGUGUCGUCAAAAUGUAUUGUCGCAAAGUGACGAAAAUAUUUUGUUCUGUAAUGCAAACCAUAUCUUUCUGACAAAUAUGUCGCAGAUACAUAAAAAUAAAAAGAAAAUAGUAAAUGUCAAGCACUCUGCCACUCCCAAAAAACCAUUUAAAAAAUUACCGGACCAAUUAUUUAAAAUAGGGUUUAGCAAAAAAGGUGUACAGAAUUUUACAUUAAAAACAGUGAAACUAAAUCAACAUCAUCAUAACAUCAUCACAGAUAUCAUCGAUCAAUUUUAUAUGGGUAUUAAUUUGAGUAUCGCAAGACACAGAAUGGAAAGUUAUGAAAGCAAGAAACACGGACCAUAUGUAAUCUCCUUUUUCACAAACCAUCAGGAAAAGACGAUAAGAGCUAUUAAAUGUAACACGUCAGGGACAGUUAAGUAUACACCAUUACAUCAACAUCAUAAAAACAUAACAUGUGGAGUCCAGAACAAUACAAAAAAAAAUAAUAAAACGAAGUUACAUUUUCAACUCGGAUUGCUACCGAUAUGUGACAAGUAUCCCGCCAGUAAGACUUUGGUGAUAAACAGAACUAGAAACGCAUGCACUCAUAAACGAAAAAACCUCUGGUUUUUUAACGAAAAAUGGAAGCUUAUCAACGUGACCAACUAUUCUAACAGAAUAAAGAUCCAGGACAGAAAACCGAAGUUCUUAAGUCAUACUCAUGUACAGGGGAAUGUUUUUUUCCCAAAGAGCACAGCGGCAUAUCCUUUUGAUGAAGAUGUGCAUUUACACCUACUCCAUAUCAAAGCUGCACGGAAAGAGCUUAAUACAGCUAAAUAUGAAUAAGACCGUUAUGAAAUCGAAAAAACUGACAAGUGCAUAAUUAUUGAAAAUUUAUUACUGAAACACAAGAGAUUUUAAAAUCUGAGAGGGUUUAUAGGCAAACCAGAAUUUGACAUUAUACGGCUGUACAGCUUUGAUAAAUAAAACUGUAAAAACAUGCUAAGGA